AUGGACAAAUUACAGGAAUCUGAUCGCCCAAUUGAAAAGCAACAGCAAAGUUUUGCAGAUUUUUAUUGCUGUUAUCUGCUACAAUCUAUACCGAAGAGACAGUCCUUUUAUAUAGGUUCAACACCAAACCCUUUGAGACGGUUACGGCAGCAUAAUGGAAUUUUAAAUAAUGGCGGGGCUUACCGCACUCGAAGGGAGGGAACAAGACCAUGGGAAAUGAUUGCCGUGGUUCAUGGCUUCCCUUGCAAAAUAGCGGCCUUGCAAUUCGAACACGCCUGGCAACAUGGAUACAGUACACAUUACAUUAAAGAAGAAGAUCGCAUUGUGAAAAACAAGACAAGUGGUAGAAGCAUUCAUCACAAACUGGCGUUAGUUCGGCUACUUUUUAAGCAUGCUUACUUCAGAUAUAUGGAUCUCAUAAUCCAUUUUUUUAAUUCUGAAAUGAAAAAAAUAUGGGAAGAAAACAAGUUCAAGGUUAAUGUGGACAGCAUCCACUUGACGACUAAAAUUUCUGAAAGAGCUCUUUCUAUAUUUGUUAAGAAUGGCGACGAUGCCAUUACGUUGUUUGAAAAAGAGAAUUUGAAGCUUGUAAAACAAUUGUACGAACAUCAGAUAAAUGAAACACGAGACAUGUGCCAGAGAUUUGCUAAAAGAUUAACCUACGGUUCACUAAAUUGCGCUAUAUGUAAUCAAAUUAUUGAUUAUACCUCGGACCAAGCUUUCUUCAAGCCAUAUGUAGCAUUUUGCCCAUCGGAAACAUGUAAACUAGUUGCUCAUUUGAGCUGUCUCAAUCGAUAUCUCGUGGAUGAAGAACAGCAUUUAAAGGAAAGACUUUUACUUAUCCCAACCCUGGGUAAGUGUCCAGAAUGCUCCACGCCCUUAAGAUGGACCCAGGUCGUCAAAUACUCUGCAUUUUUAAUGGCUCUAUAUGGAUCAUGA